AUGGGAGCAGCACCUUCUAAGCUCUUAGAAGAUUUGCUCGACGACACCAACUUUGACAGAGAUGAAAUUGAAAGACUGCGGAAGAGAUUCAUGAAAUUGGAUCGAGAUAGCUCGGGCUCGAUUGAUAAGAGUGAGUUUAUGUCGAUCCCAGGAGUUUCUUCUAAUCCACUAGCAGGAAGGAUUAUGGAGGUAUUUGAUGCUGAUAAUAGUGGUGGUAUUGAUUUCCAAGAAUUUAUUAGCAGUUUGUCUAUUUUCAGUGGUAGAAGUGACAAGGAGGAUAAGCUGAAGUUUGCCUUUAAAAUUUAUGACAUAGAUAAGGACGGUUAUAUCUCUAAUGGUGAAUUAUUCAUUGUUUUAAAGAUUAUGGUAGGUAAUAAUCUUGAAGACGAUCAGUUGCAACAAAUUGUAGACAGAACAAUUAUGGAGAAUGAUGUUGAUGGUGAUGGAAGGCUAAGCUUUGAAGAAUUCAAGAAUGCAGUAGAAACUACUGAAGUUGCAAAUUCAUUGACAUUGCAAUGUGAUAUAUAA